GUCUGGGCUUCCUCUCCCUCGGGCUCCACACGUGUUGGGCCCCUGUCCUCCAGGUGUGUCAGAAUAGGUCAGCCGGAGCCGGUGACAGACACAGUCAGGCCCAGAGCAUCUUGCUCCCCAAGGCCCAGCCCAGGCACGGGAGGGGAUAAAAGUCUCGUUCUGGGGCCUUGGGGCAGGAACUCACACACCUGGAUUAUCCUCCGUCUGUCUGCAGCUGUGUGACCUUCCGUCUCUACCAUGUCUCGAUCAUCAUGCCAGGCCCGGAGGGGCUUUGGCGCUCGCUCUGCCUGUUCUGCACCCCUGGGGGGCCGUGGCGGCUCGAGCAGCUUCAGCAGCAGAAGCCUCAUUUCCUUUAGGGGCUGCAGAGGAGCCUCUAGUGGGAGGGUUUGGGGAUCAGGGGGAGGACCAGGGGUACGGUUUGGGGAGGGCCAUGGUGGGCCCAGGAUUUCCUUGUGCCCUCCGGGGGGCAUCCAGGAAGUGACCAUCAACAGUAGUUUGCUGACCCCACUGAAAAUGGAGAUUGACCCUCAGUUCCAGGUGGUGAGGACUCAGGAGACCCAAGAGAUCAGAACCCUCAACAACCAGUUUGCUUCCUUCAUUGACAAGGUGCGCUUUCUGGAGCAGCAGAACAAGGUCCUGGAGACCAAGUGGGAGCUGCUGCAGGGGCUGGGCGUGAGUGACAGCCCCCCGGACCUGGAGUCUUUCUUUGAGGGCUACCUGGCCCGGCUCCGGUGGCAACUGGAACAGCUCCAGAGGGAGCGAAGGGCUGUGGACGCCGAGCUGAAGUCCUGCCAGGACCAGGAGGAGGAGUAUAAGGCCAAGUAUGAGGAGGAGGCCCACAAGCAUGCCACGGCUGAGAAUGACUUUGUGGUCCUAAAAAAGGAUGUGGAUGGGAUUUUCCUGAGCAAGAUGGAGCUGGAAGGCAAGCUGGCGUCUCUCCGAGAGUACCUCUGCUUCUUGAGGCAACUCGGUGAAGAAGAACUGGGCCAGCUCCAGACCCAGGCCAGUGACAUGUCUGUGGUGCUGUCCAUGGACAACAACCGAGUCUUGGACUUCAGUGACAUCAUUGCGGAGGUCCGCGCCCGGUAUGAGGAGAUUGCCCAGAGCAGCAAAGCUGAGGUGGAGAUGCUGUACCGGACCAAGUACCAGGAGCUUCAGGCAUCUGCCCGACUUCAUGGUGACAGUAUGAAGGAAACCAAAGUCCAGAUCUCUCAGUUGCAGCAGACGAGUAAGAGGCUGCAAAGUCAGAUCGAGAACCUCAAGAAGCAGAAUGCCGACCUGCAGGCCACCAUUGCCGAUGCCGAGCGCCGUGGGGAGCUGGCCCUCAAGGAUGCUCAGACCAAACUGGACGAGCUGGAGGCCGCCCUGAGAGCAGCCAAGCAGGACCUAGCCCGGGUGCUGCGCGAGUACCAGGAGCUCAUGAGCACGAAGCUGGCUCUGGACGUGGAGAUCGCCACCUACCGCAGGCUGCUGGAGGUUGAGGAGAGCAGGAUGUCUGGGAGGUGCACCAGCCAGGUCACUAUCUCUGUGGGCGGAGGCAGCGUCGUUGUGUCUGGAGGAGCGGGCAGUGACCUGGGGGCCACUUGUGGACUUGCAGACGGGAAAGGCAGCUUUGGGUCCAACUGCUCCAGCAUUGUGACUGGAGGCUCCAAUGUCAUCCUGGGCUCUGGGCAGGGUCCUGUUUGGGGCUCCUGCUCUGUCUCGGGCUCUAGCUCUGGCUCUAGCUCUGGCGGCCACACCAUCCUGAAGAAGACAGUGGAGUCAAGUCUGAAGACGUCUGUCACUUACUGAGUGACCUUGCAGCCACUUGUUCCUUGUGCCUUCCCGAGCCCUCUCAGCACUGCUCCUACCUCCACCACCCACCUCCCUGCACGGCCAGCUCCGUGUCCACUGCCCACAGCCUGAGCCAGCCCACAGAGGACUCUGCGAAAGUCAAUAAAACCAUG